UUGGUCGACCAUCUGCCUCUCUCCCCCAAUGGCAGGCCAAGUCUUUUCCCUACGGGCUCCCGCCCUGAGAGCAGCCAGGCUCGCCAAUGUCAAGCCCUCGCGCACUCUGCUCCAAGGCCGGAGGCACCUCGCAACCGCCCAGACCUCGUCGCCUCCCCCCGGCUUCGAUGUCGCCAUUCGCACCCCUCCCUACCCCAAGCUCCUGCGCAAGCUCAAUGAGGUGCGCGGCAUCCUGGGCGCCGACCGCAGCCUUACCCUCGCCGAGAAGAUCCUCUACUCGCACUUGGACAACCCCGAGGAGUCUCUCUUGACCGGCACCAACAAUGGCAAGGACAUCCGUGGCGCCGCCAACCUCAAGCUUAAGCCCGACCGUGUCGCUAUGCAAGACGCGUCGGCCCAGAUGGCUCUGCUGCAGUUCAUGUCGUGUGGUCUGCCCACGACCGCUGUCCCGGCCAGCAUCCACUGCGACCACAUGAUUGUUGGUGAGCGUGGCGCCGAUGUCGACCUUCCGGAGUCGAUCAAGGGCAACAAGGAGGUCUUUGACUUCCUCGAGUCGGCUGCGAAGAAGUACGGUAUUGAAUUCUGGCCUCCGGGAGCGGGUAUUAUUCACCAGACGGUCCUGGAGAACUACAGCGCGCCGGGUCUCAUGAUGCUGGGUACGGACAGCCACACGCCCAACGCUGGCGGUCUGGGCGCCAUUGCCAUUGGUGUUGGUGGUGCGGAUGCCGUCGACGCUCUGGUGGACGCUCCGUGGGAGCUCAAGGCGCCCAAGGUUUUGGGUGUCAAGCUGACUGGCCAGUUGAGCGGCUGGGCAAGCCCCAAGGACGUUAUCCUGAGCCUUGCCGGUAAGCUCACCGUCCGUGGUGGCACUGGUUUCAUCAUUGAGUACUUCGGUCCCGGCGUCGAGUCCCUCAGCUGCACUGGUAUGGCGACCAUCUGCAAUAUGGGUGCCGAAGUUGGCGCUACGACCUCUCUGUUCCCCUUCUCCCCCGGCCACAUUCCUUACCUGAACGCCACCCACCGUGGCGCCAUCGCCGUCCAGGCUGGCACUAUAGCUGCUUCCCCCGGUCCUCGUAACCUGCUCCGCGCAGACCAGGGUGCUCAGUAUGACCAGGUCAUCGAAAUCGACCUCUCGACGCUGGAGCCCCACAUUAACGGUCCCUUCACGCCCGACCUUUCCACCCCGCUUAGCAAGUUCAAGGAGACGGUUGAGACCAACGGCUGGCCUACCACUUUCGGUGCUGGCCUGAUUGGCAGCUGCACCAACUCCUCUUACCAGGAUAUGACCCGCGCCGAGGACCUCGUCAAGCAGGCUAGCUCCGCCGGCCUGUCUCCCAAGUCGGACUUCUUCAUCACCCCUGGUAGUGAGCAGGUCCGCGCCACGCUGGAGCGUGACAACACCUUGGACACGUUCUCCUCUGCUGGCGGUGUCGUCCUGGCCAACGCCUGCGGUCCUUGCAUUGGCCAAUGGAAGCGCACAGACGAGGUCAAGAAGGGCGAGGCCAACGCCAUCCUCACGUCGUACAACCGCAACUUCCCUGCCCGCAACGACGGUAACCGCGCGACGAUGAACUUCCUCGCCUCGCCCGAGCUCGUCACCGCCAUGUCCUACGCCGGCAGCACGACUUUCAACCCCAUGACGGACAACAUUCCGGGCACUGACUUCAAGUUCCAGCCGCCCAAGGGCCAAGACCUGCCCACAGCCGGCUUCGCCACGGGCAACCCGGACUUCCUGCCCACGCCCGGCAAGCCGGACGCCAGCGUCGAGGUGCAGAUCGACCCCAAGUCGACGCGUCUCGCGGUGCUCGAGCCGUUCGCGCCGUUCCCGAACAACGAGCUCAGCGGCCUCAGCGUCCUCUACAAGGUCAAGGGCCAGUGCACGACGGACACGAUCUCGGCGGCGGGCCCCUGGCUCAAGUACAAGGGCCACCUGCCCAACAUUGCCGAGAACACGCUGAUUGGCGCGGUCAACGCGGCCACGGGCGAGACUAACACGGCAUACGAUGCUGACGGGUCGAGCUGCGGGAUCCCGGAGCUGGCGAAGCGGUGGAAGGCGGCCGGGCGCGAGUGGCUCGUCGUGGCCGAGCACAACUACGGCGAGGGCUCGGCGCGCGAGCACGCGGCGCUGCAGCCGCGCUACCUGGGCGGGCGCAUCAUCCUGGCCAAGAGCUUUGCGCGCAUCCACGAGACGAACCUCAAGAAGCAGGGCGUGGUGCCGCUGACGUUUGUAAACGAGGCCGACUACGAUGCCAUUGACGCGUGCGACGAGAUCAGCACCCACGGCUUGCUGGACACGCUGCGCAGUGGUGGCCAGGGCAGCGUGACGUUGCGUUUGAAGAAGAGGAGCGGUGAGGAGAAGACCAUUGAGACGAGGCAUACCCUUAGUAAGGACCAGUGCGGGUUCGUGCUUGCGGGCUCGGCGCUGAAUCUGCUGGCGAUGGCAGCCAGGGAGGGGAGGGAGGAGGUCGUGAGGCAGGCCGAGUUGUCGGAUUAGGGUGGUUGUGCAUGGGUGGCUUGGAAAAUAAAAUGGUGGUGUGGGUAUAUAAGCCGUGCAUGUAUGUGUCUGUAGGGGGUGGGAGGGUGCCAUGCAUGGGUUGGCGUCUGUUUGUCUGUCUGUUGUCUGUCAUAGCAUGAGUUAACUGUAUUGGAUUUACUUUUGGAUUUGCUUCUGCC